AUGCGUGAAUUGUCAAUCUUUUUUAAACUAAGGAUGCAUUAUCCCUGGUUCAUUCUCUUCGUACUUCUUCUGGGUCACCUGGCCAAACCCAUUGGCAGCCAGUCCACCGAAUUCAUCAUCCUACAUGACAACGAUCAGCAUGCGAGGUUCGAGCAGACAAAUGUAAACAGUGAGCGCUGCUCCAAGGAAGAUGCAGAGAGGAACAUGUGUUACGGAGGAUUCGCCCGCUUGGCACAUGAAAUUGGCAAAUACCGCAGGAUGGCCGAAGAGGGAGGUCUUCCCGUGUUCUAUCUCAAUGCAGGUGACACCUACAGGGGCACAACCUAUUUCACCAUCUUCAAGGACAAGAUAGUCAGUGCCUUUCUCAACAAACUUCAGCCCGAUGCCAUGUCCCUCGGCAACCAUGAGUUCGAUAAACGCGUCGAGGGCCUGAUACCCUUCCUCAACGCGGCCAACUUUCCAGUUCUGGCUUGCAACCUGGACUUGACCGAGGUUCCCGAAAUUAAGGCCACUAAACGCUUUGCUCACUCUACCAUCCUGACAACCAAGGGCACAAGGAUAGGUGUCAUAGGUUACCUAACGCCGAAAACUAAGAAAAUUGUUCGCAAAAAUGACGUAGAGUUCUAUGAAGAAGUGGGGUCCAUCAAUGCCGAAGCCAAGUUACUUAGGGCUCAAGGCAUCAAGAUUAUCAUCGCAUUGGGCCACUCUGGCUAUGGAAAGGACCAGGAGAUAGCCUUGAAAUGUCCCGAAGUGGACAUUGUCGUCGGUGGCCAUUCGCACACCUUCCUCUAUAGUGGUGACCAACCGGAUGCAGAGCCCAUCAUUGGUCCCUAUCCCACGGUGAUUACGCAGAAGAGUGGCAAAAAGGUGCCUGUGGUGCAGGCCUAUGCCUUCACCAAAUACCUGGGACGACUUCAUGUCCAAUUUGAUGAUGCCGGCGAUUUGAUCACAUUUAAUGGAGCUCCCAUCCUGCUGAAUGCUGCAGUGCCUCAGAAUCAGGAGGUCCUUGAUCUGUUAGCGGUGUACCGACCGAAUGUGACGCUCCUGGAAGAGUCUAUAGUGGGACACACAAAGGUUCACUUGGAGGGCAGGCGGAAGGUCUGCUGGGCCAAGGAGUGCAAUAUGGGAAACUUGGUGGCCGAUUCCAUGGUCUUUAGCCGGAUGAUGGAGGAUCAGGGUGGUGAUUUCUGGACGGAUGCUGCCAUCUCUCUAAUGAAUUCUGGAGGCAUUCGCAGAUCCAUUCAGAAGCUCUCCGAUGGCGCCAUCACCGGAUUUGAUGUCCUCUCCGUGCUGCCUUGGGGAAAUGAACUCUUUGUGGUCAAUUUGAAGGGCAGCUCUAUCCGAAGGGCUCUCGAGCAUGCAGCUCACUUAAUGUCCAACGGCUUGGGCUGGGGCUUCCUUCAGAUGUCCGGCAUACAUGUGGUUUUCGAUGUCAAACAGCCCGAGGGUCACCGGGUAGUGUCUGUCAAGGUGCUAUGUGCCUUCUGCAUGGUGCCCAAGUACAGCGAUUUGGAAGAUGAAAAAGCUUACAAUGUGAUAGUGACAGACUAUCUGCUGGAAGGCGGAGAUGGUUACAAGUUAAACGACACUAACUAUGUGCCAGAAAAACUUGAGAGGAACGACAUGGAGGCAAUGUCCUUUUAUCUCAACCGACGUGAUAAUGUUAACCUGGGCGUAGAAGAUCGCAUUGUUUUCUUGGGGGCAAGUGGGCUGUUGGGAUCUACAUCUACAUCUACAGCUCUGAUCCUCUUCUCAGCCUUGCUGGUGGGAGGGUUUAGCUAGGGUUUGAUCAGGGAUUUUACCACUA